AGUGUGUACUGUGUGCUUGCUGCAGGGGUAAUAGGGACGGAACAAACAGAAGACGGCACGUUAAAACGCUGGAAUGAUUGCAUUGUUUGUGUAACUUCUACUAAUGUAACGGGUAAGGGAGACGCUGAGGGGCUGAAUGCGCAACCAGGUGCAGGCUCGCUUCCAGUCAUGACCUCGGGGAAUGGGAACAAUGCGCCAACGGUUACCGGCAGCACCCCGCAUAAUGGCGAGAGCAAACCGCCCCAGGCAAUAGUGAAACCCCAGAUCCUCACCCACGUCAUUGAGGGAUUUGUGAUCCAGGAGGGAGCCGAGCCUUUCCCUGUGGAACGUCCGUUGUCGUUGCUGAUCGAGAACCUGAAGAAACACAAACAGCAAACACAUUCUGACUCAGAGAAGACUACCUCCUUCAAUAACGCCACAGACUCUGAGAUGGAGGACUUAUCACACCAAGAGCUGAAGCAGCAGGAGGAGCCCACCCUGACGUGUGAGCUGUGUGGCAGAGUGGACUUUGCCUACAACUUCAAGAGAUCCAAGAGGUUCUGCUCCACAGUGUGUGCCAAACGGUAUAAUGUGGGGUGUACAAAGCGAAUGGGCCUCUUUCCAAAUCGACAAACCACCAUGGAGAAACUGAAGAAGCAAAGAAUGUUGGAUGGAAACCAACAGAAGUCAAGUUCAGAAACCAAAAAACAGACUCCCACCACUGGCCAACAAACUGGCGGUGGGUCGUUGACGUCCAGCCACCCCUCUCACGGGGAGUCCAGCCAGUGUUCGGACAUGUCCAGCUACGAUGGUCCCCCUUCGCCCCCCCUGUCUGCUGCCAGCUUCGGUGCUUCCAGGCCCCAGGUGGGCGGAGGGCCUGAGCACAUGGAGGGCUAUGGACAAAAGCUGCCCCUCCUCUCCCAGCACUUCCUGCCCAGCAACCCAGCCAAGUGGAACGUGGAGGACGUCUACGAGUUCAUCUGCUCCCUGCCAGGUUGCCUGGAGAUAGCCGAGGAGUUCCGCUCGCAGGAGAUCGAUGGCCAGUCCUUGCUGCUGUUGAAAGAGGACCACCUCAUGGGCACCAUGAACAUUAAACUGGGGCCUGCGCUCAAGAUCUUUGCCCAGAUCAGUAUGUUGAGAGACUCGUAGCCCCUCUCUGGAGUCGCUAAACACUGCAGGAAAAGACAAUGUUCUCUGGACCCCUCAACUCUGACCAUGCUCAAGCCUCCCACUGUGGCAGGUGGGUUCCAGGGUGGUGGCGGAUGGACGAAGGGUGUGUCUCUGUCCCAUAGAAGAUGAUUGUCUAUAGGAUAUUGACAGCGCUAUCGAAGUUUAGAGCUUUGACUCUGUGGACGUCUCCUAUGCCAUGCAGGAACCGUUAGCUACUGUAUGAGUUGUACUGUGGAUGGUGUACUAUGCACAAGUAGCUCACCCAGCCAGACUCCAAGUGGACAACAAGGUGGUACUUUAGUUCAGAAAUGCCAUAACUAGUAGUCAGUUUCUAAGAAUUGUGAGAUAGUUGCAUCGUAUAACUUUUCCAUAGAUAAUAUAUUUUUGGUUCUUGACUGGAAGUUGGUGUUUAGGGCAUUUUGGUCUUGGCGGAAAGUGGUUGAAUACCUGCCUAGGACUGUAUUUUACAGUUCAUGCCUUGAAUAGGAUGUAAUUAAGUAUUUUUUAAAAUAUAUAAAUUCAACAAAAUAUCCUAAGA